UAGUCGUACUUCAGGUCGUAUCGCUCCUUCCAACCUCAGUUCACUAGAGCUUAACUUAUUGUUGUAGUGUAACAUAUUGACUUCGAAAAGGUAGUCGCCUAUAAUCACUUACUUUCAAAUAUGUCGGCUGGGCGGUGCUGGAUUUUCCUGAUAUCCUUGGCUUCCAUUGUCACCGUCUUUAAUGGAGUAAGAGCAGAAAUAGACCGACGACUUGUCCGCUCAAAGUACGUCUGUGAAAAUGACAUGAUGCACCUGACCUGUCGUCCAUCGUCUGAAGUUCUUCAGAUUGCGGGUGCUGACUUUGGUGAAUCAUCGCUUAGUAUAUGUAUAAAAGGAGAAGUAUCAAGUCCGCGAUGUAAGCUAUUAGAAGUGACGGACAUAUUGAAGACCCGAUGUGACAACAAGGAAAUCUGUUCGAUCGCGGCAAUGAACAACAACUUUGGCAAUCCUUGCGAAGGGAUGAACGUCUCGGCUAAACAAAGGAGUUCAUCUGUUUAUCUGAACGUCAUGUAUGCUUGUGUAAAAGCAGUGAAUGGUGGACAGUCAACAACGAGAAAGACAACCCUCACACAACCGACGACUUUCAUUUCCACUAAUGGGAAUGAUGCCAUAAACGCCACGAACACAACUGAACCGCCGAUGAACAGUACCGCGACGGCGGACGACACGCGUACGCUACCUUUGACAACGGCCAAGCCAAACAUAAAAAUAGCUGCCAAGUUAGACAAAGAAAUACCUGUAUUUGAUCCGAGCAUGCCCGUGUAUCUGGGAACUCUCUCGGGCUCUAAGCGUGUAACGAGCUUUUCUUCUUUGAGUUUCCUCACCUGGAUUACCGUAUUUGGUUUAACCAAAUGUUUUUGCUGAUACAAGUCAGACGUGUUCAAACUGCUGCUGUUUUAUUAAUCCCUCUUGCCGAACACAUCCCUAGUACAGACACUUUCAGAUGGACGUUUCUUUGUCUCUCUUACAAUUGGUAUGUCGUAAGAAAGGCAAAAGGGCGUUCACUACUUGUUGGAACAGACAAGCCGGGCUAGACAAUUCAAAACCGAAAAGGCCUUUAUGCGAAUAGUCUUUUCCGAUUUCGACAAAAGGCCAUUGACUUACCUUGCCAAAUUUUUUGAUAAAUCAGAUCUUUACGAAUAGAUCUUAUCCUAGCCAGUUAACACUGACCAGUGGUGAGUUGCAGCCAGUGUUUAGCGUCUUUGGCAUUGUCCUGGUUCCUAGAUCUGGCGUAUAGAAAGCCGUUUGCUGUCCUUUUCUGAGCGUCGUUUUUUUCUACAAUGUAAUCUAGUAACUGAAUUUUGAUUACUCAAAACGCCGUUGUCUCUUAUUUUGUUGUACCUGAAAGGCAAGAAUAGAUACUCGGUAAUGGCUCAUAUUAAGCUAAUAUAAAUGGCAGUUGUAAUCAAAGGUAACGAAACAGCAGAUAUAAUUCAAAGGUUGCUUGAUCUUGAGGAAAUGCAAAGUUUUUCUGAUUUAAGCUCUGCAAUCGUUUUCAAAUGCUUGCUUUUGCUAUAGUGUACAGGAAAGCUUCAAGGAUUUCAGGCUAAGGCAGCUAACUUUUUUUUCAAACAAUCCAGUUUGAGUUAGCACAAGGAAACGAGACUCCCGUGACUCUGUGUUCCCCAGGGUAGGAAAUUGUACACUUCUAUUACUUACUUAAUUAUUAUAUGAUUGUGCAUUUCUAUUCUCAGUUCAGAUUCUAGUGCUACACGCAACUUUUGAAGUUGGUUUGGUAUAUAAUCAAAAUCCUUGCCAUCUCCAGGUAUUAUUCACAGGUCUUAAGUACUCUAAUAAUAAUGUUAAUGGUUUAAUUGAUAGCUGGAAGUCGCAUAAUUUUAGACUAAGGUUCGGCUUUUUUCCUCUAAUCAUGAAUUAUCAAGCGUGGGAGUCUAAGCACCCUCAAGGUAAAAGGAUUUGAACGAUUUACAAGGAAACCAUUGAGCUUAGGAGAGUACCGUUGACGAACGGUAAUGGGGACCUUAAGCAAACCACGACUGCGACAGCGGCAAGGACGUGGCAAAACAAAAGAUCUAAUAGGCAGAAAAAUAGCUCAGCACUUGCAUUCAAAACUCUGUACAUUUCUUAGCCGUCCUCUACAUAACAAGAAAAACUUGCAUUGUCUGCGAACGAAAACUAAAUUUCUAUUAGGAACUCAUAACUGCCUAUAUGCUUCAUGCUGAAGUUGAGGUGUGACGCCGUAAGAGACGGUAAGCACAUCCAAACAUUUUCUAAAGUCUAACUAAAAAAGGAGAUUCCUUUUUUUUAAUUUAGCGACCUCUUCCUUAAUGUUGCCUUUCCGACUGUUUAAAGUCCUUAGUGUGAUUAAUCGAGCACGGUGUAACAACCAAGAGAGUAAUAGAUAUCACGAAGGCAAACGUCGAAAUAGUCAAAUUUACCAAGGGCCGUUUGCUUCCAAGGUGGGGAAUGGUGAAUUAUGAGAGGAAGCUGCUCUUAAAAUAUUGUGUUGAAAAAAAAAUACAAAUAGAAAGAACAAGAAUGAUUCGAGAAAAUGCAUCGCUUAAAAGGACUUGAAGGUGAAUUUUCAGCAAAUAACGCAAUCAUGGAUGAGAUAUGGUUUAAAUUUUUUACUAAUCGUCCCAUGUAAAUAUGGAAACCUUUUUAGAAGACUAGCUUUAAACUCGCAAUUUCUUGUAACUGUCCUAACUCUCCUAAGCCAAGCUUACAUGGCAGUGUUUACAUUUAAUAACAUUUGAUAGAUGACGAGGUUCAAUAAUAACUUUCUAGGGGACAAUUUUCUGCUUCAUGUUUAUAGAACAAUAUGUUUAAAUAAAAGGCCUU